CGUUCACAAAUUAAUCCACCUCGCAUUCUUAGCCUAAAGAUGGUGGCCACUGCUCGAAUGCACGCUUGGCAGCUGCUACUCGUGGCGGUGGUCAUCUCUUGCUUCCACUGCCAUCUCGCCGCUCACCAUGGCGGGAAGAAUGUCCGGCAACCACCGUCAUCCGUCGUCGUCGUCGUCGGCUCCGUCCACUCCGGCUCAGACGCCACCAAGGCCGCGGUAUCAGGUGCCCCGGUCGCCGUCCGGUGCCACGACGGCAACGGUCGGGAUGUCUUCCGGCAGCAGGCCCUCACCGACCGUCGCGGCGAGUUCCGCGUCCACCUGCCGCCGGAGGCCAAGAGCCGGCUGGCCUCCGUGACGUCGUGCUCGGUGAAGCUGCUCGCCAGCAAUGCGGCGCGCCCAUGCGACGACGCCGCCGCCACGUCCGCCGCUACUGCCAGAGGCUUCCGCCUCGCCGCCACGAAGCACAACGGCGGCGACGGCGCCCGAGUCUUCAACGCCGGAGCGUUCGCCGUCCACCCGGAGCUCUGCGACGACAAAGGGAUCUUCUUCCCGCCGCUCCCUCUCGUGCCGGAGCCGCCGAACAUCGGCGGCGUGCCAAUUCCGCCGAAUCCAAUCACGCCGGCGCCGCCGUCUCUCGUCCCGCCGGUGUUCCCCACCCCAUCUCCACCAUCAAUCCUGCCGCCGCUCACCCCACAACCGCCGCCAUCGUCGUUAAUACCGCCGGUGCUGCCGCUGCCGUUGCUCAACCCACCACCGCCUCCACCGCCCCCGCCAUCUCUUCUACCGCCAGUGCCCCUCCUCCCGCCGUUGAUCCCCGGCGUGCCACCGGCUUCGGCUUCCAGGAGUGGCCGGCCAGUGAGUACGCCCUGAGCAACUUAACACGCUGAUUAUUCUAGCUAUGUGCUAAUUAAGAUGUACGGCAAGCAUGUAAUCCUAAGAUCAAGAAUCUACUGCAGUAUACUGCAAUCAAUGUAUACUUUUGGAAUUUACCGACAUGUCGAGUAAAAAGAAUGUCAAAUAUAUUGACGUUAUUCUCAA